GGUAUCAUUCUGAAAUGGCUCAAGAGAUCAGACCGAUUGAGCUAGUAUUUCAAGGGAGGCCAAUCUCGCCAUGGCUGAUGAAAACUCAGCCAGCACAUCUUAUCUUUGUGACCCCCGUUGUUGGCGUUCAGAAUGUGAGCGAAAGGCUCAAUGCUAUUUCCAAUGCUCCAGCAGGGAUUGCCCUGGCCCACCUGGAAGUUCGGGCAAAAACCGCCGGAUUGUUUUGUGUGAUCGCUGCGCCCAUGAAGGCGCAUGCCCCUUUUGCAGUGCCAGCAUCCAGCGAGAGGACUUGCAGUCUGUCACUGACAAGCCCGCGGCCGCCACGUCGACUGGCUCGGCAGAUGGAGAGCGUGGCCAGUGUUUCAAUCGCCCUGCAGCCUCCAGUGGGACCGAUCACCAGACCUUGGAGCAGUGCAACCAGCGCUUGGAAGGGCUGGCAAACCGGGUGCAGGAGCGAGUGCGUGAGUUGAAAAGGGAACAAAUGGAGCUUGCUAUCAGUGCCUUUGACCACCCGGAGAUUGCAAAGCUGGUGGAAGAAGGAAAGAAACUCUAUCAAAGUCUCACUUGCAAGGGGUUGCAGCCGGAUGGUGUCACCUAUCAAUGGAUGAUGUCUCUUUGUGCCAGAGCAAAAGAUCAAAAGGAGGUGGAAAAAUGGGCUAAUGAGAUGGAGGAGUCUGGCAAUAGUAGUAGAGAUGCUUACAACUCUGCCAUGUUCGCUUUUGCAGUGCCAGGUGGUGUUGACCGUGCCGACAUGUGGUUCAAGCGCAUGAACCAAAAGGGAAUUAAGCCAGAUGUUAAAAGCUACACCAUCCUCAUUCAGGCCUGCGCUGUAUGCGGCAACUCCACGCGUGCAGAUUUCUACUUUGAGCAGAUGCGGUCUGCUAAGCUCAAGCCUGACGGUGUGACAUUUGGCCUUUUGAUCGGUGCCUGUGCGAAAGACAAAAGCAAUCCAGCACGCAGCCUUCAGAAGGCAGAGGAACUUUGGAAGAACAUGAAGAAAGCUCGUGUCAAGCCACACAAUGUCACCUUCAUGCAAAUGUUGAACGUCUAUGCGGAUGCUGGCAACAUGCGCAGAGCGACACAUUUUUUUGAAGAAAGUGCAAAAGCUGGAUUCAAACCUGAUGUGGUUGCCUUUACGACCAUGAUCUCACUGUUCAGCAAGACAGGUAAUGUUCAAGGGGCUGAAGAGUGGUUUGACAAGAUGAAAGCAGCUGAUGUGAUCCCCAGCGUAGCAGCUUUCAAUUCAAUGCUUCGAGUAUGUGGCACAGCAGGCGAUGUGCAGAGUGCGAGAAAGUGGCUGGCAAAAUUGACAGCAGCCAGGUUCAAGCCCACAUGGGAUACCUAUGAAGCUCUCAUCAUUGGUGAAUUGAAUCGGAAGGACUUUACUCAAGCAGAUUGGUGGUUGCAUUGCAUGUUGCUUGAUUCAGAAGUGAUACCGACCCUCACGACCCUUAAGCUACUGCUUCAGGCUUGUGAGCCAAGUGGCAAUUUGCCUCAAGCAAAGCUUUGGUUCAAUAAGAUGGAAAAAGCAGGGGUGAAACCAGACGUGCAUGCUUGCAACAGCAUGUUGAGGACCAGUGCAGUGCAUGACUCAUCCAUAUGGUCCAUAUGGCAACAAAUUCGUGGAGGGCCGAGUAAGGAACAGCUGAAAUGGUUUUUAGAGAUGCAACGUUUGGAUGUGUAUCCAAAUGAGGAGACAUAUCACAUUCUGACAAAUUCUAGGAAUUCUAGGUCCAUUUCCCCAGCUGCGAUCUUCAUUGCUGCGCUGCAAGUCUGUCGUUUUUGCUAAGUGGAAACACGCCAUCCGUUUUUCACCUGCACCGUCCUGAGAUUGGAUGUGUGCAGAAUGAAAUCGCACGAUGUUGCCGAAGGAGC